GAUGUGACACGUAGUUCCCAUUAUGACCAGAAUAGAUGUGCGUCACUAGUGUACGGGAGUUUCGAAGCGUUAUAGGAAAAAGGCCGCCGUGGCCGCUCUCAGGUUCCUCUCUGACGAUGCCGAGUGUACUGCGAUAUUCGUUUCAGAUGUUACCGGCUGUACAACAAACACUUAUGCAAAGGCAUUUCCACACGAGCACAGUAGUCAGUAAGGUACAAUCCGGACGCUAUAAAAUCACAAUCAACAGAGACAAGCCGCUGACAUACGAAAUGGCUAAUCCACCUCAUUACAUCGCUCACAGGAAAUCCUGGAAUUCCUGGAAUACUUCGAAUAUAAAGGAUGGUAACAGGCCAUCUGAGACAGCUGUAGAAGAUAUGUUUAUUCGACAGUUCAUGACAGGAACGUGGCACAAUUUAUUCGCGAGUGAAGUCAUCAUUAAACGGCAACACAAUAUUAUUAGGAUAGCUGGACUCAUCACUCGUACUUUAGCGCCUACCAAAAUAUAUUUCUUAACUGGCUAUACUGAGGAACUUCUGAGUUAUUGGCUUCAAUGUCCUGUUAAAGUGGAAUUGGUUACGAUUAAUAAUAAAAAAGAGACGAUAAUUAAAUAUAUAUAGGAAUCAUAUGUAAAUAUAAACUAGAUUCCUGUUAAUAAACUAGAUUUUAUAAUAAUUCUCAUUGUUACGCUUGAUUCUGUGUAACAUUCUUAACACAGUGCGAUUAUAUUACAAUUUAACUGUUAUUUUAUUCAAAUAUAUUUUAAUUAUAGCAAUAUACUUGAGAAGUAUGUGUAUUAUAUAUACGUAAUAUGCUUAAAUAAUUAAGGUCUGUUAGUACUAA